CCACAUAAAAAAAGAAAAAAAACCCAUUUUCAAGAUUCAAUUUUUAUCCCAUUCUUGAACUAGUAGUAUUUUUUUGCUUGCUUGCCUUGUAAUUCAAUUCAAUUCAAGAAAAUCUUUGAUUGGAAAUCUUGAUCAGAUCUUGCUUUGUGGGCUCUGUGGAUUUUCUUGUGGACUACUCAUAUAUAAUUAAUUAUAUUCUUCUUUAAUUUCUUCUAUCUCCCCCAAUUUUCUUUCUUUCUUUGUGUUGAAAAAUUUGGUGCAAUGGGAUUGGCUGCAGCAGAUGCUCAGUUUCAUGUAUUAGCAGUUGAUGAUAGCUUGAUUGACAGAAAGCUUAUUGAGAGGCUUCUCAAAACUUCUUCUUAUCAAGUUACUACAGUUGAUUCUGGUAGUAAAGCUUUGGAAUUUCUUGGUCUGAAUGAAGUUGAGAUUGGCAAUGAAGAUGAAGCCUGUGUUUGUUCCAAGAAUUCUCAGGAUGUGGAAGUAAACCUUGUUAUUACAGACUAUUGUAUGCCUGGAAUGACAGGCUAUGAUUUGCUCAAGAAAAUGAAGGAAUCUUCAUUCCUGAGAAACAUACCAGUGGUAAUCAUGUCAUCUGAGAAUGUCCCCUCAAGAAUCAACAGAUGCUUAGAAGAAGGAGCAGAGGAGUUUUUCCUGAAGCCAGUGAGAUUAUCAGAUGUCAAUAAGCUGAGGCCCCAUAUGGUGAAAAAAGCUAAAAGCUGUUUGGAUGUUGAAAAGCCUGAAAAAGUCGAAAAGCUAGAAAUUCAAGAAGAGGAAUUACAGACAACACAGCAAACAGCUCAAUCCAAUAACAACAAUAAUAAUAAUAAUAAUAAUAAUAAUAAUAAUAAUAAUAAUAAUAAUAAUAAUAAUAAUAAUAAUGGGAAGAGAAAAUCAAUGGAUGAAGGCCAUUCACCAGACAGAACAAGGCAAAGAUAUAAUAAUAAUAGUGACCUCAUUUUCAUAUCCAAUUAAUUACUGUCAAAUAAGGGUUUUUUUUUAAUUAAUUAAUUACUAAAGUUUGAGGCUUUUAUUUCUUUAUUUUUUGACCUUUGUCAUAUGUAUAGGGGAGAUUGGAAUGGAUAAAUGUAAGUGUUCAUCAUAUUCAUGAUGAAAAAUAUAUUCUGUACACAAUUUAACAUUAUUAUAUAUUUUCACUCAAUUUUUUGUUU